ACGUCACUUCCGACUCCCCCUCCACUACUUCCUGUAUGUGCCGACAAUAUGGCAGCGCCCAUAGCGAUUCAUCUGGAGUUUGGCGGAGGAGCGGAGCUGCUUUUUGAUGGUGUGAAAGAACAUCAUGUGACUCUUCCAAGCCAGUCGGAACCUUGGGACGUGAAGCAGCUGCUGGUCUGGAUCCAACGGAACCUGCUGAAGGAACGGCCCGAGCUCUUUGUCCAGGGAGACACCGUGAGACCCGGGAUUCUGGUGCUUAUCAAUGAUGCAGACUGGGAGCUAAUGGGGGAACUGGACUACCGACUACAAGACCAAGACAACGUUGUGUUUAUUUCUACGCUUCACGGAGGAUAGAAAAUAAACAAAAUAAGUAUCUUUGGUUGGUGGACAAAACGAGACAUUUGAGGACGUCAUUGCGUGCUUUUGGAAACAUUGAUCAACAUGUUUUCACCAUUUUAGGGCAAUUUACAAACCAAAAAAGCAAUCUAUUAAUAGAAAGAAAUCAUCUAAGGAGUAACUGACAGUGGAAAAUAAACCUUAGUCGGACACCAAAAUGUCUCAGUAAUUUCCCAUCAGACUCACAUGUGAGUCUGUAUUGUUACAUGAUUUAGGUCCUCUGUGAGAAUCAGUGAUUACUUUUAUUGUGCAUUAUCUAAAUGUAUUUCAUUUCAUUUCAUUUCUUGUGCUAAUGUGAUAUAAGCUCCGUCUUUGGUCUCAGACAUCUGUGAUUUCGUCUGGUUUGUUUGGUCUGUAAAAUGACAAUCGAUUAGUCGAUUAGUUCAACGGAUUAAUCAUCAAUUGAAAAAUAAUAAUUGUUAGUUGCAGCUCUAGUUUACUUACUAGCAAAUAAAUAAAAUGUGAGUAACAUUUGCUUACAGCUACAUUAGUGUGUUAUAAAUAAUUUGUUUAGAAAUGUGCAUGGAAGUCCUAAUUAAGGGUUAAAAUAAAGUGUUGUCAAAUAAGUAUUUUUUUUGUAUUUGGAGAUUCAUGUUAAUGAAAACGUUUUGCUGAAAAUCAUUUUUUUAUUCAAAUUGCUUCUGCUAUUUUCCCUCACAAAAUGAGAACAAGAUUAAACACUUCUUC